AUGGAUCCAAUGCUUCUCUACUCGUUAAGGCAGUUGCAGAAGGAAAAGAGUCUUUCUUCGUCCGAUGACAGCUUAGUUGCUGGUCAGAGCACUGCCAGUACUCUUUUGGAAGAGAGUACGCUUAAACAGACCUACAACUUAACAACCGAUGAGUAUGGCGAUCCCAAUACUAACCCGGUUGAACAGGUGUUGAAUGAUGUAAAUAUGGCCGGUGCUGGUGCGGCUAGCCCAAAGGAGACCAACCGAGCUAGAGCCACACCGGAUGAUGAGGAGUGGGUUCCAGACAUCUGUGAUUUGCCCAGUAGCCAGGACAUUGAAGAUUGGAUUGGCCAGGGACCAACGGAAAGUCGCACAAGCCCCAGCAAUCACCAGAGACUAAAAGAUCCCAAGCACAAUAACAACAACAACCAAGGAAAUAGAAAAAGUAAUAGCAAAGAAAGUGGUAGCGAUAGCGAUAACGACAAUGAUGUAUUGUUUCUGGAGGCCACUGCCAGUCCGCGACGUAAUUUGACUAGACAGUAUGAUCAGAGUAGAAGUGAGACAGGCAGAGGUAAUACUGGAGUAGGUAAGCGGGAUAAAGAGAAUUACACGCGAAUUGUGCCCAAUCGAGCUCAGCUAGCACUUGAUUCUAAUCACACUCCCAGCUCAACCCACCACAACUCAACCCACCACAACUCAACCCACCAUAACUCAACCCACCACAACUCAAUUAGCUACGAUGAGCUAGUUCAGCGCGCUUCUCCCAGUGACCUAGAAGCCCUGCACAAGAUAAAUCAUGCUCUUGUUAAUGCAUGGGAACGUGGAGGCUCUGAGUCACACACUUGGCAAGAUCGGCGGCGGCAGCUACUCGGCCAGAUUGUUCAGAGAACCACAAGCUCAGAUAAGUAUAUCCAAAAUAGAUACCAAAAUUCUUAUCAAAAUUCUUAUCAAAAUGAUUACCAAAAUACCCAUCAAAAUACCCACCAAAACGAUCCGGCCAACACAAUCCUCCAGCGAGACACCAUGACUGCGCAAUCGUACCUCAAACCGACUCCCAACCCAGCAUCCACUUCGUCCUUCCAGCCAUCCGACUCCGCCAGCGCGUACUCCCAGUAUACCAUCCCUGGCCCCGCGCCAAUUCCUAUCCCCAAUCUAUCUCGCCAGACACCCUACACCAAUACACCAGCCACCACCAAUCCCAAUCCCAGCACCACUACUAACAACCCCACCCAACCCAAUCGCAAUACUAACCGAAUCCUAACUCAAUCCAACCCCACCCAUUCUAAGCCAACAAUCCCUUCUCUUCCCAAGUGCUACGCCCCUUCCCAGGAAACUCCGGCUCAGCGGCGCGUGGCAGUGUGUCUCCAGCGCGUGUUUGGUCUCUCUUCCUUCCGCCAGAACCAGGAGAGUAUUAUUGAGGCCGUGCUGGCCGAUAAAGACGUCUUUGUGCUGAUGCCCACGGGCGGCGGCAAAUCUCUGACCUUCCAACUCCCGGCGGUGCUGGCCACGGGCGUGACUAUUGUGGUCAGUCCCCUACUUGCCUUAAUUCAAGACCAAAUCAAAAACUUGAUUAGAAUGGGCAUCCCGGCCAUUGCGAUCAACUCCUCCCUCAGCAAAACCGAGCGGACUCUAGCCUUGCGGCUGCUUAAGUGCACAGGCAGCUCGGUUGGCUGCACCAAGUACGCCCAUCCCCAGCCACCACUGAUCAAGCUGGUCUAUGUGACCCCGGAGCUUCUAGUCGUCAGCCGAACCUUCAACAGUAUCUUGCAGGAGCUGGCCGCGGAAGGCCGCCUGGCCCGCUUUGUUGUGGACGAGGCCCAUUGUGUCUCGCAGUGGGGACACGACUUCCGCCCCGACUACACCCAGCUCUCCGUGCUAAAGGAGCAGUACCCAUCGGUGCCCAUCACUGCUCUGACCGCCACGGCCACUGAAACCGUCCAGAAAGACAUCCUGGCCGCCCUCCGCAUGCGCUCUUGUGUGACCUUCUCGCAGAGCUUCAACCGGAGCAAUCUGCGGUACUGCGUGGUUCCCAAAACCGGAAACCCGCUGACCGACAUUGUGAGCUUUAUCGAGACCAACUAUCCCCACGAGUCCGGGAUUAUCUACUGUCUGUCUAAGAAGGACUGUGAGUGGUUGGCCGAGACUCUCUCUACGCGGUACGGUGUCCGGGCUGGGUACUACCACGCCGGCCUGUCCAAAAAGGAGCGGCUGGAGAUUGCCCAGAAGUGGGACUCGGGCCAGUUAGUGGUGAUUGUAGCCACAAUUGCCUUUGGCAUGGGCAUUGAUAAGAAGGAUGUCCGCUAUGUUCUGCACUACACACUCCCUAAGUCGCUGGAGGGGUACUACCAGGAAACCGGGCGGGCGGGCCGAGACCAGCUAGAAUCUGAGUGCAUCUUGUACUACUCAUACACAGACAAGAAGAAAAUAGACUUCAUGAUUGACCGCUCCGAAACCAGCACGGAGGCCAAGAACCGGCAAAGGGCCAACCUCCGGGCGGUCAUUGCCUUCUGCGAGAACCGCGUUGAGUGCCGGCGGUUUCUAUUGCUGCACUAUUUCGGCGAGACCUUUACAGGUGAGUGUGCAGGCACCUGUGAUAACUGCCGGAAGCGCGGCGGGCUCAUUGAAGUGGACUGUCUAGAGGAGGCUCUUCUGAUGCAAGAGCUGGUACGAGGCUCCGGACUACUGACCGAGAUAAAGCUUGUGGCCAAGUGCCGGCAGCACACGAAGAAGAGCAAGGACAUUCUAGCGCGGGUAGUCCGAUGGAUGGUUGGAAACGGGUACCUAGGCACCAAGCUCGUCAUUGGAGCGCGCGGGUUCUCCUGGAGUUAUCUGCAGCCCGGUGAAGGCGUUCCCACAGAAGUGCGGAUUACCGCCGGCGUGGGCGAGUCUAUUGAGCAGGCGGCACCCAAAGCUCGCCGCGCAGACAAGAGCACCAGCACCCGCCGCUCCCCUCUUGAAGAGCUCGCAGUUGAUGAUACCGGAUACUUUGAUGACUCCGAGAUACUAACUUAA